UAUGUCAAGAUCCAGGUCAACCAAUUCCGACCGAUUGAGCGUCACGUGAUUGGUUACUUCGGUCAAUUGACCGAAGUUCGAUUGGUUAAUUUCUGCAGAAUAAUUGACCGUUUAAAUUAAUUGAAGAUAGUGAAUCAUGUGAUUCGCGAAUGUGCGGUUGAGCGCACCUGAUCAAUGAGCACCGCUGCCUCGAAACUUUAAACGAUCUAAGAUGUGUCAGAAAAGCGUCGGCUUUCUUAUCUUCAUGAAUUGACACAUUAUUUUCUCUGUACACGUUAAAUGAGAUAUAAUAUCUAUAAUGGAUAUACAUAAAAUAGCGAAUAAAAGCCAGGACAAACUAACGCCAGAGGAAAAAUGGAUGCUCGAGUUGUCAAAGACGGAGGCACAACACAAGGGUCAUGAAUCAAUGCAUGCAGAAAUGCUACUUAUAUUAUUAAUAACAUUAGUAGUAGCACAGAUUGUAUUAAUUGAAUGGAAGAAGAGACACUUUAAGUCAUAUCAGUUGGUGACACUAAUAUGCAUGUGGAUCAUUCCAUUUGGAAUUAGUUUAAAGAAUCAUUGGUGGAGAUUUAUUUUUAUAUGGCUCUUAUCUUCAUGUAUAACAUGUUUAGUAGUAAGAAAAGCUAUACAAAAACCAAUAGAAGGUACAACACCUAGGCUAGUGUACAAAUGGUUUUAUUUUAUUUACAAGCUCAGCUACGCCUUAGGGUUGAUUGGUUACUUUUUAGUAAUAUUCACAUUUUUGGGUGUAAAUCUUCUAUUCGAUGUUAAGCCUCAUGUUUGGAUGGAUUGGAGUAUGUUGCUUCUAUUCUAUGGUCUCUAUUUUGGAGUAUUAGCAAGAGAUGUUGCCGAAAUAUGUGCCGACACGAUGGCUUCACACAUUGGGUAUUAUACUCCGGGCAGUAUGCCUACCAGAGUUUUGGAACCAAAUGUUUGCGCAGUGUGCGGAAAUAAGCUUUUGGUGUCCGAGAAUGAACAAGGUGUGAUCGAAAAUACAUAUAAACUCACUUGUGAACACGUUUUCCACGAAUUUUGUAUUAGAGGUUGGUGCAUCGUUGGAAAAAAACAAACUUGUCCUUAUUGCAAAGAGAAAGUCGAUUUGAAAAAAAUGUUUCGCAAUCCAUGGCAACGACCGCAUGUCUUAUUCGGCCAUUUGCUGGAUUGGUUACGGUGGCUGGUCGCGUGGCAACCUGUAAUUUUGCUCCUAGUUCGAGGUAUCAAUUGGGCUCUGGGUCUUGAAAUAACGAAGGAGGAUCAGCACGAAAAAACGGUCGGCGUAACACUUUAACGACCGCAUGCCGUAUUGUCCUAUAGUUUUUCUGCUAGCACACACCAGACACACAACAGAUAAGUUCCUGCCUUACGCAUUCACAGUCUUACUAAUUUGUAAGAAGUAGCGGGAGCGUGUAUAAGGAAGGAUGUGAUCGCACACACGUUGGGACGCGUUCACGAUCCAACGUUGCUGUGUAUGCGUAAUAUGGGAGAUACUGUGAUUGAGAGUGAAAGAGAGAGAGAGAAAGAGAGAGAGAGAGAGAGAGUAAUGACAACACAACUCGCUAGUGAUGUUACUAAAAGACUUUAAUUAACUUUUUCGUUAUUAUUGAUAGAAAAACAACUUUCAUCACAUCACGUAUCCAUAGGUACUUGUCAGACCACGUCGUCGGACCCGUCGCGAAAAUAUUAUAAAUUAUGUGUAUAUAUAUAUAUUUAUAUUUAUAUACAUAUAUUUUUGUUUAUAUAUCUAUAGUCUAAAAUUUUUCGCGAAUAUAUUUAUAGGACAGAGUUGCGACAAGAGGAGGCGCAAAAGGAUUGGGGAAAAGAUAAAAAACAUAGGCCAAUGGGGAUUGAUGACACACUUAAUGGUAGUUGCCUUCAACGAGUCCGAUGAACAGAGGUGUUUAACGUUUAUUUGAGAUGUAGUUCAUUUUUUGUUGGCUUUGUUUGGAUGGUUUAUAGACGCCACGAUAACGACGGGAUUGUCGGGAUGGGUCCAGGGGCAGACAUUCACACAAACACGGGGAAAUUUUAUAGAUAUAUUUAUUGAGUACUUAGCGUGUAAGAGUAUAGAAUAUGUUUACCUUAAUUGUUAAAUAUAUCAUUACAUGGUAAAUAUAUUUAUAUAUAUAUAUAUAUAUCAUGAUGUAGUCUUUUUAAAAUAAACCUUCCGCGCGCGCGUGCGCGCGUACGUGUGUGUAUGUAUGUUUUCAGAGUAUUUACAUAAUGAUUCGCAAUUAAUAUGUACACGUUUACGAAAAAACGAAAAAGAAUACAGACGAACGGGGCGAGCGGUUUUAAUAUUGUGAUCGUGAUCGCAAAGUUCUCCGCAGAGGAGAAAUCCUCCCUUCGCGAGGAUUCCGUUUCCCUCAGGAAACUCGGACUCGCGUUCACGCCACGCGUCAACGCCAAUAAGAAUAAAUGCCGGGGAGAGUUUUCAGUUUUUUUUUUCUUUUUUUUCGUUUCCUCUUUGCAUGUAUAUAAAUUGACCGUCGUCUUUUUAUAUAUGAAAGUAUAAAGGUCGCUACAGUGAGAUGAUUCCUUUUUUUCCUUUUUCCUUUUCUGCACGGACACGGGUGUACGAAACUACCAUCGCUACCGAUAAUUGUAGAUACCCUAAUUAACAACAUCAAUUAUCUCUCGCGUACGAUUGCGGCUUCUUUUUCCAUACGCGGCGGCGGUUCUCUCUCUCUCCUUGAUCCGCGAUCGAUUGCGAGACUUUUUGCGCGUCAAUACAAAUUUUCCUUCUUGCGAUACGGUGAACGCUAAAAGACAUCGUGAAUUCAUCGACGACCAUACGUUUUUGAGACGUAAACAUUUUUGUAACAACAAAUCCACGUGUCAAGUUCGUACUAACGCAAUUGUCACACGUACAAAGAUACAAUUUUCUAUGUAUAUGUUUCGCAAAGUAAACAAUCCUUACAAUUUUUUUAGUUUCACCGAUUAUUUAGCGUUUACCGUAUUCGAAGCGUGUACCGACUCCCUGACGUCUCUCAACACUACAUCGAUCGCGGUCAACAAAACGCAAUAUAUAUAUCGAUUUUCGAUCGAUUUUAUGUUGCAAUAUGUACAGAAAGAAAUAUAUCGCGCGACCGCCUUUUCAAUUUUUUGCAACGGCAAUACAGAAAAAAGCGCGACGAGCGCGUCUAACAAACGUGUUGUUCUCUCGGCUCGUCUGUAUAUUAUUAUUUUUUUUUUUUUUAUAUUAAACAAAAAAUAAAAGCGCACGGCUUCCUUCCUUUCCCCUCGCAAGUAACUAUCGUUAAACGCAACUCGCAUAUAUUUAUAUAUUUAUAUAUAUAUAUAUAUAUAUUACUUUUUAUGUAUAUAUAAUAUAUCUCUUUCGCGCGCGCUCUUCUAGCUUCUCUCACGCACACAUCAUACACACACACACACACACCCUUUCUCACGCUCUCUUCAUUUCUUUUUGACAUAAUAUCUCAUCUCUCUCGUUCUACCGCUCGCCUUGCUAUCGGCGUUCCAAUACAUACACGAUAGUUUCGAAGUAUUGCUUUUUUUUCUUAAAUCGCGUGUCGAUCGCGCUCGGCGACCGCGAUCCGGCGUAACAAUAGUAAAUUUUGCACCUUCCUACGCGACGAGCCGUGCUGCUGGGAAUUCCAUGUUUCGUCUUUCUCUCGAUUUUCUCGAGGAUAAUUUUUUUUUUUUUUUUUUAGAACUUGCAAAAUGAUUUUCUGUCGUAUAAAAUUUAUUUACGCGAUUUUACAUCUCAUACCGAUGUUUGAAUUUCGUAUAAAUUUAUAUAAUUUAUGUAUUCGAUUCUCUUUUAUAUAUAUAUAUAUAUAUUUUUUUUUUAAUUUAUCGGUUUAUUCGCUCUACGAAGCUACACAGAAUAGAAAGUAACACACCGAGAGAGAAUUCAGCAACGGCUCUUGCGCUCGAAGGAAACAUGCGCUAAGCGUAAAGUUAUUCGAGUACAGGACUUUUUUUUUUCUGUUUCUUUUUCUCUCUCCCGUUUUUUUUUUUUUUUUUUACGUAUCGUUUUGCAAGUAGACGAGUACACAUAGAAAAUCGCUUGCAGCCCUCGACCGGAUCUCCCGCGCUUCUUUCGCGAGGCAUCGGGAAGAAAGCUGCCGCAUGCUGAGCGGCCUCUACGAACUACAAUGCACGCGUGUCGCAUAACGACGUGUUAAAUAGACAACUCAGUAACAAGCGCUUACAAGGGGCUCUAAUCCCCUCUCUCGUGGAGAAUCGAAAAGAUCGUUGAGAACGCAACGUCGAAGGGAUGCGGGUAUACGCCCGAGGCGGUAUUUGAGGGGGAAAAAAAAAAUAUAUAUAUACAUUUAUAUCUCACUGCAGAGAGAAAAUUUAUCUCGUUAAAAUUAAUUGGCUUAAGUUGAGAGAAUUGGUUUCGAAUUAACAAAACCGGAUUGCGUCGAGUAAUGAGGUUUUGAGAUUGAAAAAAAUCACGGCGCACGCAAAUGCUCUACUUUGAUAUAGUCUUGAACUCAAUUUCUCAUAACGAAAAUGCACUCUCUGAAAUCAAUAUUUUUUCGAUCGUAAAUUAAUAAAUCAGUUCGAAUUAUUUAUUCGAACAAAAUAUUAUUUAAUUAUCCCGAACGACUUUUACCGCUUUGCCCCCUUCAAUUUCGGGCAAAUAAUUUUCAUCAUUUUGUCGCGAGUAUCAAUUAAUCUAACGUAUACAUGUCAAAUGUAUGCAAAAUGACGUAAAAAUUAUUUGCUUGCGAUUACAGAGAUACACGUUAAAGAAAAACUGUGCUGUGCGGAGUUUUUAAUUUUCACAGACCUAAAAUGCAAGACGCGUUCUCGUGGUUUAUUUAAAACCGAGUCCGAGGCUCUUUUAUUGGCUGGAGCAAUUUUCCGCAUCCAAGAUCUGGUUCCGUUUGUAUAUACGAGGGUUAGUAUAUAAAAAAAUUUUUUCUCCUCUCCUUCUCUCUGCGUGGUUCGUCAUGUUUGAAGGAAUCACAGAUCGAUAUGCCUGGCCCGCGACCUCGGGGGCUCCCUUCCAAAGAAGAAGACAUUUACAUAACGCACGCGAAAAAAAUUUACCUGUACAAAAAAAAAUUCAGACGAAAUAUUUCAGAGCGAAAUGUAAUAGGAAUCCUAGCGGCUCGUCUGUGUGUAAAAAUCGGGUGAGAAGUAAAGAUAAAUAAAAAAGUCACUCCCGUCAUCGCGUUUCACAUGACCCAUUUUGACAUAUCUGGUUUUUAAACGUUUUGCUAACACAUUAUCGUCGUAUAUAUACUCUAAGGUUUGUGUAAUUUUGAUUAAAAAAAGAUUCAUGUGAAUAAAAAUAUAUGAUGUGUAUUAUUAUGUGACAGUUAUAGAUAUAUGUACGUAAAUCACAAUGACAUCUCGCUGCUAAAAUUCUCUAUAAUUUCGUGGUAGAAAAUUUGUUUUAUGCGAGGAUGUGAAGACUACUUUCGAGGGACAGUGGCGUGUUUCUUGUUUUUUUUGUUUUUUUUUUUUUGUUUUUUUUUGUUUCUCGGCUAUACAUAACAGAUAUGUACAGCGAUGUUAAGGUUCUCACUAGCACACUUUCUUAACCGGUUUUGCUAAACAACCCCACGUUAACUCGUCAACUAGUACGUACGUUUGUAGUUAUAUAUGAUUAUGUAUUUUUUAUGUAUAUAUAUAUAUAUAUAUAUAAAUAUAUAUAUAUAAUAUAUCGCCUACGUGGAACACAACGUGGUGGAGCUGCGUGGGCUCGCACGUUGGCUCACCGUGUUUUACCCCUAUUUUAUAUAUGUUAUGCGUUAUAUUCGUUUUAUUUUAUUUUAUUUAUUUUUUUUUUUUUGCGUCUUUACUUUCUAUUUAGUCGGUUAUUUCAUUCCGAACCACAGACUUCGAUCUACGUUUUUUUUUACUUUUUUUCCUUAUGUAUCCAAUAUUGAUAAACACCGACAAGUUCAGCUAUAUCAGUUACAGAGAGGAGGGGUUUCAAGUACGCUUCCCUGUAAAAAGUAGACGAAUUAAAACGAACCGAAGAAAACUCGUUUUUUUUUUUGUUUUUUUUUCGACGAAAUUACGUGCGCUUGUCUCGAUCUGCAAAAUUGAUUCAAUUUAAAAUUUUAGUUUUUGGACACACAGUGAGUUCGGUUCGACAAAACGGUGCGAUAAAAUAAUCAACUAAAUUCCGAUAUGAGAGCAAAUAAUCUUUCGAUCGAAUGCAAAAAUUGUGAUCUUCGAUUUCGGAGGAUCGGAAAAUUACAACCGAGAACUAGCUCCAGCGCGAAUCUCUCCACGUCGAUUCUUAUUGAUCCGUCUAUUCUCUAAGGGACGUUCUUUUUCGGUGGAGCGCGGGGGUGAGGUUCUUUUUUCACGGGGCGAUCCCACAUACACACGGUUACAUAGGACUUCUUCGACGACACAAUUCAAAAAAUAAUUUUUCCUUUUUAGUAGAAAGAUAGGCGGGGUAUUUUUUCGUACAAUGGUAAUAUUAUCGUUUUUUUUCUUUUCCGUUACUUUAUUUUAUUAUUACUAUAUUUAUUAUUCUUAUUACUUAUCUUUAGUGUUUUAUUAGAUUAUAUUAUUAUUUUUCUUCUGGACAUUAUUACUUCGACGCGUCCCGUUACGACCGUGUCGCUCGUCGUCACACACACGUCGGGCCGUGUUAUUUAUUUAUUUAUUUAUUUAUUUAUUUCAUCACGUGAUCGUGUCACGUCGCGCGUAAACAAGUUUUCCAUUCUCGUUCACACGUGAUGCCGAUGACUAUUUACAUGUAAUCUCUACGUUGUCUACCACAAGAUAGAAUUCGCUUGCAGCUUCGUAUAUACCCGCGAUCAAGAUGCGUCAAAUCUAAAAUCCCCAUACAGUUCGGUCGAACUCAAAUAAAAGUUAAGGAAAAUAAACAAAAACUUGUAUACAACGUCGCAACAAAAA